AUGUCGAACACACCAAAGCGCGCUACCUUGGAGAACACCAAAGGAGGGACAGACGCGCCAUCCGGGGACUACCGAAAAAAGCUGCCUCCUGCCCCGGUCUCUUUUAGACGGACAGACCUCCUUGUCUGGCUCGAUGGCGACCCUGAUCAUGGCGGCAAGAAGCUCAUAGCUUACCCCAAGCAACGUCUCAGAACGUUCGCAUCGCUACCGUGA